AGGAGGAACCACAACAGAUGGAAGCGCAAGAAGACAGUGACGCCUCAAGUGACGAAGAGCAGGAGCUUCCUACAACCAGCAAGACGAAGAAGCCGUCCAAAGACAGCAAAUCAGCUAAAGUUCCCGAGCAGGAUGGAAGUGACAGUAGUGAUGACGACGUGGAGGAAGAUAUGGAUGCUGAUGACAAUGAGAAUAAAGAAGCAAAUGAAAGUAAAGAUGUGGGCGAAGAUGAGAAUAAAGAUGAUGCCAGUGAUGGUGGGACUGAUAAUGAUGGUGAUGCCGAAGAAAAGAGUGAUGAUGAAGAAAUUGAACCAGAAGUUCGUAUGCCCGUUAUAAAUCCUUUGGCACUGAUUAAAAACAAAGACCAACGCAUGGCACUGUAUCGUAAAAUGAAAAAAGAGAAACAUAAACAGAAAAUGCACGAGAGACGCGCGCGCCGCAAAGCUGGCCUGCCUGCUAAUCCGGGACACACCAUAGAAAGCUUACGAGAAAAGGAUCAAACGACAGUGACCAAUUUAGAUGACUCUGAUAACGAGGAGCUGCGUCGUGAAUUGGAGAUGGACGAUUUCAGUACUUAUUUUCAGCGUAGUUACGAGCCGAAAGUACUGAUAACCUACGCCGAUAAUCCAGUAACAAAGACAAGAAAAUUUGGCCUGGAACUAAGUCGAAUUUUUCCAAAUGCAUUGGUUAAAAUACGAAAUAGAUCUUCUGUAAAAAAUAUAUGCAAAAGUGCUAUACGCGAAGAAUAUACGGAUGUUGUAGUUAUAAAUGAGGAUCGGCGCAAACCUAAUGGCCUGCUUGUCAUACAUCUACCAAAUGGACCGACAGCACAUUUCAAAUUGUCUAAUGUUAAACUAACUUCGGAUAUUAAGCGUAGUCAUAAAGAGAUAACGAAACAUCGACCUGAAGUCAUAUUGACUAAUUUUACCACAAGAUUGGGUCUCACCGUGGGUCGCAUGCUGGGUGCGCUUUUCCAUCAUGAUCCUGAGUUUAAAGGUCGACGUGCAGUAACUUUUCAUAAUCAACGUGAUUAUAUAUUUUUCAGACAUCAUCGCUAUGAGUUCACAAAGGAGGGCAAAAGGGUGAAUUUGCGUGAAAUGGGGCCACGUUUUACAUUGAAACUGCGUUCGCUACAAGAGGGUUUGUUCGAUAGCAAAACGGGUGACUACGCUUGGAUAAUAACUAACAAGAGGCAUGCUAUGGAGUCCUCCCGACGUCGUUUCUUUUUGUAAAGUUAGGCUUUGCUUGUAACAUUUUUCUUUUUUGCAAAAUGUAAAAUGAGUCCCAAAUAAAUGAAAUGUGCAUCUGCAUUUCUCUCUUCAUAAAAUUAACUUACAACUUUUUAUCAAAUUAUUUAUGUUUUUAAUACAAGGUAAUUUUUUCAUUCAAAAACAUUGAAAAUAAAUAUUUUUUUUUGUUAGUAUUUCAUAUUUUGCAUCAAACCAGUAAAUGAUAUACCUAAAUUAAUU